AAGGGCGUGUGAAGGACCAAGGCGCGCGGCCCUCAGCGACCCAGGGGGGCGCCGUGGCCGCCUGGCCGCGAUGUCCGACGCGUCCGGAGUCUGGCACGGCGUCGCGAUCCUGCCCCUGCGGAACCAGGUGAUAUUCCCCGGCGUGCGCAGCACGGUGGAGGUCACCGAGACAAGGUUCCAGGAGCUCUCUGCCCACCUCGAGAGAACGGGCUCCAGCACCGUCGGCGCGCUCGCGGCGCGACCCGCCAGGGGAGGCCAGAAGGGCGGCUCCGACGGCGGCUCGCGCUCCGCGGCGCCCGGAGACGAGCUCUUCGAGACGGGCACGCUCUGCAGGCUCGUCCACCACACCGUGGAGAACUCGACGUGCAGGCUUGUGGUCGAAGGGAAGUCCCGAUUCACGGUUGAGCGCUUCGAGCAGACAUCGCCCCUGCUCGUGGCCACGGUGCGGCCAGUCGAGGAGGAGCCAGACGCGCACGCGCAGGACGUGUCGGUGUUGGCGCUCAUGCGCAACAUCCAGGAGAGGCUCACCGAGCUCCUGAAGAGCGGCCCGGAGGGCGGCAAGCGGCGCCAGCUCCGGUGGCCCUCGUCGGCCGCGGGCCUCGCUGGCGUCGUCGGGGCCACGCUCGGCCAGGUUCCUGUUGCCGAGAGGCAGCGCAUCCUAGAACUGCGCGACGUCAAGGAGCAGCUGGAGUAUGUGCUCGAGCUUGUCCAGCACGAGUCGGAGGCGAGGAGGAUCUCUAACGAAAUCAGCGCGGGCAUCCAGAAGACGCGCGAACAGGAGCUGAAGAGAGUGGUGUUGCAGCGGCAGAUCCAAGAGGUGCAGAAGGACCUGCGCCGUCUCCGGGGGAGGGUGCAGCGCGAUGCUGAAGACCCGAGCAAGGAAGUUGCAGAGGACGACGCGGGGAACAACGACGGCGAAGAGGAAGAAAACGAGGUAAAGAUCCUCAGCGACAAGAUAUCCAAGGCGGGCCUUCCCCCGGACGCACUGCGCGCGGCAAAAAAGGAGCUCAGGAGGCUGAAAGGCAUUCAGCCGCAGCAUCCAGAGUACACGAUCACCCACUCGUACCUCGAGCUGCUAUCGGUACUACCGUGGCAGACGAGCUCCGAGGACUGCUUCGACCUUGCCCGUGCGCGCGCCGUCCUUGACGAGGACCACCGCGGAUUGGAUAAGGUCAAGGUCCGGAUUCUCGAGUUCCUCGCAGUGCAGAAGAUGCGCGGGAACAUGCAGGGCCCCAUCCUCUGCCUUCAUGGCCCUCCAGGCAUUGGGAAGACAUCUUUGGGCCGCUCCAUCUCGCGAGCCAUGGGCCGGAAGUUUCACAGGAUCGCUCUGGGAGGAGUCCGCGACGAGGCGGAGUUGCGUGGCCACAGGCGCACAUACAUUGGCAGCAUGCCGGGAGUCAUCAUUCAGGCAUUUCAGACCCUCUCUGUGAACAACCCAGUGAUCCUGCUGGACGAGGUGGACAAGAUGUCGCAGAACUCCAUGUCCAAUCCGCAGGCCACCCUCCUGGAGAUCUUGGACCCGGAGCAGAACAGCACGUUCAAGGACCACUACCUGAACACGCCGUUUGACCUCUCCAGGGUCCUGUUCAUCUGCACCGCAAACGACACCUCGCUGCUCGACCGCCCGCUGCUGGACCGCAUGGAGGUCAUCGAGCUCUCCGGCUACACCCCGGAGGAGAAGCUGGCCAUCACCGCCUCCCACCUGCUGCCCAAGCAGCGCCGCCUGCACGCCCUCGAGCCGCCAGGGGCCCCGGACCGCAAGCCCGAGGGCGCCGCGCAGCCCAGGGACGCGCCCGCCGUCGAGUGCGAGCCGCUCGGCGCGGCCGCGGAGCUCCCGCCGAGGCUCCACGUCACGGAGGCCGCGAUCCUGGGGAUCAUCGCCAGGUGGACCUCCGAGAGCGGCGUGCGCAGCCUGGAGCGCAGGCUGGCACAGAUCUGCCGCUGGGCCGCGCUGCGGCUGCAGGGCGUCAGCAUGCCGCUGAACGCGGGCACCGAGCGGGACCACGAGCAGGAGGAAGCCCUGUCCGCGUGCGGGCCCAUCGAGGGAGUCAUCACCGUGGACGCGCAGCACCUGCCGUACAUCAUCGGCAGCGAGAUAUUCGAGCUGGACAUCGCGGAGAGACUGAUGGUGGGGGUGGCCAUGGGCCUCAGCGUGUCAACCACGGGCGGUCAGCUGCUCUUCAUCGAGGCCACCCGCAGCAGGGGCACGAACAGGCUGACCAUCACAGGCCAGCUCGGGAAGGUCAUGACCGAGAGCGUCGAGACCGCCCUGUCUCUCCUGAGGAGCCGCUUCGUGCGUGUGGACGCGGGGCGAGGCGACGUGCCGGGCGAGGCGCAGAGUCUGAAACGGCUCCCCGGCGUGCCCGAAGCUGGCGCAGCUUCCGCCGCCGCUGCCGACGGCCCCUUCCCGGGCGAGGACGUCCACGUGCACUUCCCCGCCGGGGGCAUCCCCAAGGACGGGCCUUCCGCUGGCGUCGCGGUCCUUCUCGCCCUGGCCUCCCUCUGGCUGAACCGCCCCAUGCGGAGCGACACCGCCGUGACCGGGGAGGUCAGCCUGCGAGGCAGCGUGCUGCCGGUGGGCGGCAUCCGGGACAAGGUGCUGGCCGCCCAGAGGGCGGGCGUCGGUCACGUCCUGCUGCCGCUGGCGAACAAGCGCAACGUCCUUGAAGACGUGCCCGCAAGGGUGCUGCAGGGCGUGGAGGUGCACUACGUCAGUCACGUCGACGAGGCUCUGGAGUGGGCCUUCGGAGCCGCCGCGGGCGGCGCCCUCCCUGCGGAGGAGGCGGGCGUGCAAGAGGUCGCCUACCUGAGGGCGCGGCUCUGAGCUGAGCCGAGGGGGCGGGGUGGAG